UCUAACGAUAAUGUCGAAGUGGAGCACGGCGAUGCCGCUUCGUGCAGCCGGUAGCGGUAUGCUCACCACGCUGCUACGAUUUCAGACGUCCGUCUUCAUUUUGAUGUGUUGUGAGUAUUUGCGCAACAACAUCUCCUAUCUUCGGUCUGACGUGGAGACUGGCACGACUGGCUCCUGCGAAGAUAAUCAAGGGGGGCUGCGACUAGGAGAAGCAGGGUGGCGCAAUUAUCGACGCGAUCGCCCACAGCAUGACUUUCCCGCAAAGAAAGGACCAAGUGGUGGGUCGCCUCGUCGUCGAACAAUCACAGAGCGACGGCAAGCCGCGGCCGCCGCGCCGCCGUGUGAUGAAGAUGUUGCAGAGCGUCUUUUCAAUCGACAGAAAACUCCACGAAGCUUUCUCCUUUUUGCAGAGGCUACGGCAUGGCGGGGGUUAUCUCUCGAGCAGAUGAAGCACAGAAAUCGUGUUGUGGCUGCGCGAGCCUUAGGUUUAGACCUUCCAAGGUAUGAAGUGCUUGGUCUUUCAAUGCAUUCAUGUGUAUGCUGUGAUGCGUUGGACUGAAUAGGAUUACUUACGUACUUCAUCUUCGCGACGAGAGCAGUGUCGUCUAUGCUUACGAGCUGCGUAUGAAAUCUUAGAAAAGUACAGAAGUAGAAGCACGAGCAUCUUCGUUCUUCCUUUACGUUUUCAUACCAAAGACGAGGCUUCGCACGACUUCCUCGAUCUGGCUUCUUACCACGUUGAAUCUCCUCGAGCUCUUGUUCCUGCCCAACAUACAAGUCGUAUACGUAUACCGGGGUCAAGGUCGGACGCAAUAACGUCAACCUCCGUUUCGACUUUAAAACGAGACGAUGUUGAACAUGGAGAUCUUGAAGACGGACCAACUGCGGCUGACUACGCACACUUUCCGAAGGGCGGCGAUUCGGAUUUUGCAGUGUUUUUCGAAGAGCAUGAGUCCUGGGAUCAUGAAGACGAGAAUCCUAAUGAGGCUUUUUUCUUCGACCAUGAUUGGAAAUUCUGCCGCGACGAUCGCGCCCAUAGGCAAAGACUGUUAAGGCUUCUACUUUGACAACAUUUUAUACGACAUGCCAGAAUGAAUGUUGCCAAUUUUUAUCUGUCAUCGUCGAGGACCAGGACGAGUUGAAUACUCGUCCAGGAUUAAACACAUCAUGACUGCGUCAUUAUAUUUAGACUGCACACGACGCUAAGUCUGCACUCGGUGAAAGAUUUCCUGGAGAUGGACGACGAUGUCAAGAAACUCAAGUAUGGCAAGGCUUUCGCGUAGACGUAGUCGUAGUUUAGCAAGUGAACGCACGUUUUUUGCUGCUGAAAACUCGAACUUCUCCAACGUUGUAACGCGUCCUAUGUUCAUCUACCUGCUCUACAUUCUUCGGAAGAGCAACCCCUAGUAGCAUGAAGCCUGAUGUCGAAAUCGGAACGGCUUCAGUUUAUCAUUUCGUCCAAGAGCAAUCCUCUCUCGUUCAUCGUUCAUGGAUACGAGGCUGAGCUGAAGCAUCGGAAGGAUGGCUGCAUGAUGGAAGGCCUCUUUACACCGCCAGAAAAGCAAGGACCGAAGCUGAGCCGAUGCUUUCUUGUACGGCCCCAUGUCUCAGUCUUUCUAGGAACUACCCACGUGUUCUUUUCAAUCCUCCUUUGAGGAGGAAGAAAUACAGCAGGGACAGCUGAGUGGGAAAGGGAGAUGAGGCAUCCAAGAUCCAACGAUUAUGAUGAUCUCUAAUUCAAGGUUCAGGCAAGCUGCAUCCAAGUGCUCUCGUAAAUGGUAGAACGCGGAAAAGCAUGGUUGGAGACGGUCGUCAAAACGAGAAGAAUGAAGCUGCUCUCCAGAAGAGAGAGCGUGAUGUCGACAGAGGUCGCGAGAUGGAGCUAGAAGAAGAACGAGUAGAAGGAAGUAAAGACCAGCCUAAAAAACCCGCACGGACAUCAGAAGGACUUGCGGAAGCAGUUGGAAACGAGGAAAGCGCGCGUAAUAAAACCGACAGGAAUAGCAAGGACAAAGUCCUGCUGAUUAUUCUCGACAUGCUGUCUUUUCGGGAAGUCCUUCGGUCGCUUCCGAAAUCGAUGCUGUAUCUUUCGCAGAAGCUCAACGCGACUGUUUUCGACAAUUUCUUAUGAUACGCGUCUUAGACAACUAAGACUCAGUAUUUUUUAGAUCAUUUCUUCUUGUCCGUAAGGGUUUCACGGCGUGCUUCUUAUAUAUAAUUCUCAAAAGCCAUGAGUUUGAGUGAUAACAAUGAGUUGCAGUAGUUUCUCAAGACGAGAUCAUGAUCAUCAAUUUAUGUUUGGCAAAACCUACUCGAGCUCGAGCUCCAUCUCUAACUCUCAACGUCGUCGGUCCAAACAGCCCUCUGAAUCAGUAUCCAAUGGCUCACGGUUUACCCUUUCCAGCGCGACCUGGCGCAAACAUCACUGGGCAGAAGCUCUGGCGAGAUCGAGAUGUUUGGACAGACAAGAAAAGGCACAUUCUCAGUCUCGCACACCAGAACGGAUUCAGAACUUUCGCCGGAUGCGACUGCAGCCUUCAUACCCGGUUCCAGAAAUGCUACUGCAUGUCAUAUUUUAGGGACUCUUGUAUAGCUAUUGAUUUUGUAUAUCUAUUGAUUUUGAGAUAGCUGAACGUGAACUGCGAUGACUAUGACGAAGGCCUCCUCCUCCUUUUGAAAUCGAACACGUAAACAAAGUGUUGCUAAUGAUUCUUCUUAGAUUCAUUCCCAUCUAUCGAUGGGUACUAUGAAGGUACUUCAACUUCAGACUUACAUUUCCUUGUCCUUCAGAUCAAACUAGACGCACAUCUCCCUCCCUGUCUUCAUACCCCGGAUGCAUUUCGCAGAGCUGCGUAGCCAGUACGCGGCCAGGACGUGGUCACCAGUGAAGGGAUGGUGUUCAACCGGGCACGCGACACAGGUCGUCUCACCCGCGUACAACGCGACCCUCGCAAAUGGCACUGCUGUGCGACUUCGCAGUUUCAAACGUUGGGGACACGGUCUUGGUGUGGAAGCAGAGGCAGGAUCGUUUCCCUUACCGACCACUUCUAGCGCCAAGGGAUCCGGGAAAGGUGGCGUAGAGUCAACUUCUACAUCGUCCUUGCCGUUGCCCUCUAGCAGUGGUAUUUCGUCAGGAAUGUCGCCGUCCACGGCGAGAUUUACCAACGGCAAGAAAACCUUAACAAGAGGCGGAUCCUCUGAAGGUUCAUCAACAAACGCCAAUACGAUGUUUGUACUCGAGAGCCCUCACAGCAGUACAUCACUUGCGAGAAAGACGAGCACGAAGAUAGACGCGAGGCAUGUCUGGAGCGACCAAGAAAAAGAGGGCGAACAGCUACUCUCCCUCUUAGAACGCGGCGAGUGGCCAGAAGGCGUUGAAUGCAGAUCGUCAAACGGAUACUCAUUUACGCUUGUUUUUCAAAUGCUCGUGAAGAUUACCAGAGGAGUAUUACUGUUGGAACAACUUGUCUUCUUCAUUCAUUUUCGAUGUAUGAGAAUGAGGUUGUGAAGAACGGAACUCCAGUUGUAGAAGCUGUACACCUGCCAGACGACCAACUCUUCUUUCAAUCUUGACGAACUGGCUUCACCUUUACCACUCACCCCAACAUCAUGUCCACCGGCUUCAUUCUCUAAAGAAUUGUGCUAUGACAAGGCGACAAGCGAGCAGGUAUUGCAUCUCGCUCCUACCGAAACUGGCGCGGGGUACUACUUCGGAGGCGGCCAGGAAAAAGUGCAUCGGAGCUUGGGUAACGAAAUCGGUUCCGAAAAGGUUGCAGCGACCUCCAUGUCUUCUGGGAAAACGAGCCAACCACGGCAACCUUCAGAUGACCGCCCUCCAAUCGCAAAGUCUAACAUAGCAUUGGAGGCGGAAGGACAGGUUUCGCGACUUCUAUUCGAGGAUAUGCUAGACUUUUUCGACGUUUUCCAUGAUGAAAAAGCGUUUGGCGUGGCCUUCUUCGACGAGGGACACACAAUGCUGCAUCCAAAAUAUCGUCCUGGAGCGCCGGUGGUCAACAAUGUCGACACGUUCUUUCGCGACUUUUUGCGGGAAUUGUAGUAGGGCACAUUGGCUCGGUGUUCUUGUUCAGGUUAUUUACUUUGAAGUUGAUAUUCUUCUCCAAGUCUAAAAGACUAAAACUAGUAUAUAACUGCAAAAAUAUUUAAGCGUGUCGUGACAAGUGGAUACUGUUCUCGAUCCCCCUUCUUCUCUUGCCCUCCGCUAAUCGUUUCUCCGCCACCCGAAUACAAACCUGGUCUUAUGUUCCGAUCACGGCAGAAUACCACCAGUCACGCCUUUCGUGGAACUCGCGGCUUUUCAUCACAGGAAUCCAGUUUUGGUGACGAAACUUGCGCAAACCGAGCUGGGACGGAAGCUUGAGGACGAACUAGUUGCGCGGUCAGCGCAAGGGCAUUUGAUUAAGCGUGGUUUUUUAUCAGCCUCUUGGUAGAUCUAGAUUCUUAGUUUCAGCUUCUGGGUCAGUACCUGGUUACCUAGCGUCAAGGUCAACACAUUGCAAAAUAUGAACUUGAGCAAGAGGAGUGUUGAACUAUGUACUAUAUUGUGUCUCUAACCUACGCCCGCACCACAUCUACGAUAUUCUGCAUCCUCUUGUGACCGGGAAAGCCAGCGAACCGAGAAAGGACGAGUUUGAAACUUCCACUCAAGAAACUGGAACUCUUUCUCCUGUACCACGUACCGACAAUGUAGAAGGUGUAGUCGAGGACCACUUGGAGGGCGAAAUACAAGCAGCUGACGAACAUUCAGCUUUCCUCCAAGGAGCAAACAUACCCUCAGAAUGGUCUCUGCAGUCGAUACUGCAUUUCGAGUGGCCGCCAGCAAUGAAGAAGAGCUUUUGCGACGUAGUAAAGGAGAGGAUAAAAUACUAUCGAUUGGGGUUUCAUGCGUUCAAGAUGCGACAAAUUCAAAUCGGCGAUAUGCCACCAAGUGUACUACAGUUUUUUCAUCAUCGUUGUUAUUCAUAUUCUUCUUGUUUCCAUUCGCUGCAUUUCCAUUUGAGUUUGUGUUUGACGUACUUACCUGUAAUGAAUAUGUUUCUGCUAGCAACUGAGUUGUACUUCGUUCUUGGUAUUCAUAUUUAUAAAUAUUUAUAUAAUUGUUCGUUGGUGCUGCUCCGUCGCUCACAACCAUCAAUGGCUAUCAGCAUGUUUCUGCCCCUCAAAAUGAAUUCGACCACGCUAUCAACGACGAUUCUGCUCUCAGGCAUUGAAGCGAAUGGACGACAAUGAGAAAGUGGAGAAUCCGGAAGAGAUUUGCGAUCUGGACUUCACGUCCGAACCAGACAAUAAGUAUUGCCAGGUCUUGCAGUCGUCGUCAGCGCUCGUGAGACCUGCUGAAACCAGAGACAAUUAUGACUACCGCUGUUGACACAUCCUCAAUACUAUCCUUGACCUUCAAGAGGUCAGACCUUGGCCCCUUUUUCAAGAGGAAAAAGGAGUCUGGGAUUCUGGGCUGACGGCGCGACAUGGUAGCUCUAAGAAAAGAAGAGCAGAAAAGUUAUUGACAGUGCGACCGUCAACGUAAUCGUCGAGUUCACAGUUCCUGUGGGCGCAGGUCCUGCUGAUACUCCUGGUGGUAGAGCCUCGAAUGGGACCGUCGUUGUUAUGGGGACGAAGGUUAUGCUUAUUAAUCUAUCUAUUUUUCUAAUACAUCGUGCUAGUCGCAGUGGCUCCGAGAGUAAUUGUUGUACAGCAGUAUCUACUUCUACUAGUAUUUUUUGAGAAUGUAGUUCAUGUUAUCGUUGUAAUCGAUCCUCCUGCUCUAAAGCAACCACUGCUCCGACGACGUCAUCCCGCGCAAGUGCAUCCCCUGGUGUGCGAAAGUUUCAGUAUUCGGCUGUGAUAAUGCUGGACAGUGGUCGCGUUGAUAUACGGCACUUAGCGGAGGUGACGGUCUACGGGCACUACAGUCAGUGCAUACUGAAAUACAUGGAUGAAGCAACGAUGAAACGCAAGUUAUGAUCAUUGUUUUGUGCCUUCGACACGACUGUUUUUGCAGCACCAGCAGCUUGUGGUCGUCGUUGUGAGUGUACUUAGUUUUUUCUCGUCUAUGCAGGUGCAGAGACAUAUAGGAUCGAUAUCCAUAUCAAAAAAUCGAAAGAAAAACCCAGAUGAUCACCAACAUUGAGAUUGCUCUGGCAGUUUCUAGAAAUACAAACAGAUCUAUCUUCCACUAGAAGAUAGAUCUGUUGGUUUUUUUUGUAAAACACCACCUUGUUCCCGAGCAGGAAGACGCACGCCAGUAACGCUUGACUCUAGCAGACACCUCUAAGACACGGAAUGCAUCCUCAGUGGUGUAAAUGCAAGAUGGCGGAGGAUCCAGGCCUAUCGGUAGCGCCAGGCUUCCUCUAGUGAGGACGCGUCUUGGAGGAAGUUUAGACAGCUUCAUUUGGUGCCGUGCGCUCUGAUGGAGAUGAACCUACUUUGUCGUUGCUAGCAAAACAUUGAUUCUGAAAAUCAGGCACUCAGGUGUCUCUGCGUGUCUACUCAAACAAUGAAUUUACUACAGUUCCGAUUCCCUCAUCAUCAUCAUGCAUCAUCACUCUGUUCUUGUUUCAAACUACACACUCAAACUCAUUCUCUGAUCAACAAACUUUGCAGAUGCGUGAAGAAAAUGAAUAUUCUUAUUCAGUGAAGAUGCGCCACGGGGCGAUGUGCUCUCACAGAGAAAAUUCAAAUUGCACUGCACUGCAGAGCGC